UGAAAAGAAAAAAUUAUCAUAACAAGCACAGAGUUACAAUCAAUAUAAAUAUAAAUUAAUACAAGUUAAUGUCAGAAUAUAAAAAUGUUGUGAACUUUUUAUAUAUUCCGUUCGCUUUAUCUCUUGCCUCUUUCAAACGUUCUGAUGUCAAAUAAUAAACAGAUUUGUUAAAGUCAAGAAAAGUAAUUCAUCAUGAAAACAUUUUCGUCUCAAAAAGUUCUGCUGAACCUUCUAGUUGUUCUGUCAACAACAGUUGAAGUAUUGUACUCUCAUGAAAGUUCCCUUAAAACUGAAGGCUUAACGUCAAAUAUUCCGACAAAGGACGAAACUUCUGAACAUGUUAAUGUCGCGACAGUGUCGUCAUUAAAUAAAAUAAACAAGGAAGAAAUAUCUUCAACCACAUUCAAUGUUGUAUCUACGACUACAUUUCUAAAAGAUCCACAGAUUGAAGAAGCGAAGCCGCCUGAAGCGAAGACGAUGACGAUGGCAAUGACGAUGACAAUGCAGAAUGAAAGUUCUCUUUCUUCUGGCAAUAGUUCCGAGAUAACAACGGCAAAAGCAGAAACGGGUGAAACGAAAAAUCUAAAUUCAAUGUCGCAGCAUCAAAUUGUGUUAUCAACUUUUUCUACCCUCUUGGCAAGCAAGAGUGAUGUGUUAGAUUCGAACUCAAACGAUAGUUAUAAGAAAGAUUACGAUGAUGAAAAGCAAGCAAACACGGAAAUGAGCUCCAAUCAUCUAACAAUGAUGGAAGAAACGAGAACGAAGCCAAUGAAUUUCAAUGAAUUCAGUUCCAUGAAAAAUCGAAUCUUCAACAGUCAACCCGUAGUUAACAUCAAUGAUUUCUUUCCAUCCCAAAGCGAAGACUUCAAAUCUAAUGAUGAUGUGAAAAGUGAUGAGAAAUUGAAAAGAAAAAUCGUCUCAAAGGAAGAUGUCAAAUUUAUUGAUAAAAAGGGCAAUGACGAAUCGAUCAAGGCUUCUAUGAAUGACAAGGAAAUUGAAACAACAGACGACGAUUUGAUCCCAGAUGUCUCAAAAGAUGACAAACUUUCUCGAAACAAAGGAAAAACAGGACAAGAUGCGACCGUCGACGAACAUCGCCCGAAAACAAAUAUGAAAAACUUGUACGUCCCGCCACGUAUAAAGAAAUCCGACUCUUUACUCAGCCCAUCCACAUAUAAAUCAUCAAAUCUCCUCGAUUUUGCCACAACGAAAUUUAACUUGAACGAAUCUCGUAAGUCUCCAACUAAUUCUCAACCCGAAUUUUCCACAACGAAAUUCUACGUUACCCCAAAUGCCGCCGCUUCUGCUACUGCUGUUGUUGAUGGUGAUAUGAAGACAAGCGCAGUCAAAGAAGCAAAAAAGAUACAAAAUUCAUUGAAGCAGAUGAAACUUAUUAGUAAUCUUGAAAGAGACUCGCAAAGCUCUGAAAACAACCUUUCAACGUUUGAGAAAAACUUUUCUCUUUCGACAAGUCACCCACGUGUACUUUCACGAUUUGAAGAGAAACUCAAUUCAUUAGAUUGCGACAUUCAAAACUUGUCAACAGAGUCUGCUGUUUGGCGUGGUAAUGAAACGCACGAACUUUGUCUACCGAAGAAAGUUGUCAAUUGCUCAUCCCGCAAUGAAUGUUUCACCACGAAAUUGGAAUGGGAUGGUGUAGCGGAAAUUCAAUCAGGAGAUAUUCUCAUUGUUGAAAUUGAUGAUAACACCUUGAUGUCGAUGAACAAGAAUAACAUUUCCAAUACGGAAAACGAUCAUCAUUCAAAUGCACCAGCUGCUGUUUAUCAAGUUACUCGUUUAGGACACGAGAAUUGUGAUAUAACUGAAGGCGAACUAUUGGACAUUACGCCACUGACAGUUGAUGGGAAGAAAUUAGUCACCUUGUACGAUAAGGAUUUGUCCGAAGGAAUGAAUUUGUUAAUUGUGGUCUCCGAUUUAUGGGGAAAUCAAUGCGUUCGUUUAAGUGUUAAUGUGAAGUCUGAUAAUUGCGGUGAAAAUGCUGACUGCUCUGGGAAAGGAGUUUGCUUUUCAAAUAAUUCAAUGGAUGGUUACGAGUGUGAAUGUUGUGUGGGAUUUUCUGGUUCACAUUGUGAAGAAAUUGAUGCUUGCACACCGUCACCAUGCACAAACAACGGAAUUUGCGUUGACUUAUCGCAGGGACAUCAAGGCAAUUCUUAUCAAUGUUUGUGUCCGUACGGUUACACUGGGAAGAAUUGUGAGUUUGAAGCAGAUCCCUGCAACCCUUCUCAAUGUCUACAUGGCGGAACUUGCAUCUCUAAUAAUACUACUCAUUUCCGGCUUGCAAACACAACAUUUCCUUUUAGAUGUGAAUGUCCGAUCUCAUACACGGGACCGCUUUGUCAACACAAUUUGAAUGAAUGUGAAUCAUCGCCAUGUGUUCAUGGAAUUUGUGUUGAUCAGGAAGACGGCUUUCGAUGUUUUUGUCAACCAGGCUUUUCCGGAGAUUUAUGCAACAUUGAGUUAAAUGAAUGUGAUUCGAAUCCAUGUUUAAAUCGAGCUCAAUGCAUCGACCACAUUGGAAGGUUUUCAUGUCAAUGCACGAAAGGUUACCAAGGCAAAAACUGCGAAAUUAAGAUUGACUUUUGUGCAAAUAACCCUUGCGAAGAUGGAUAUCGUUGUGUAGACCAUGGUAAUGAAUAUUCCUGUGUAUGUCCAGGCUCCAAUGAAGGCAACGUUCCCGAUUGCCAUGAAUGGCCAAGAACGCUGUGCACAAUUAAUCCUUGUGAGAAUGGUGGAACAUGUUGGACAUCACACGAAUCGUAUUACUGUGCAUGCCGUCCAGGAUACACAGGAAAAAUGUGUGAAGAAAAUUUUGUAUUUGAUUCUGUUGUGAGCUCAAGUGAGCUUUUGUCAGACUUGUCUGACACAAAUGUUAUUACAUUUAAUGAACCCCCUGACACUACUGGUGACGAUGGUUCCUUUAGCAGCUACAUUUGUGCCGGUGUCUUGAGCUUGAUACUAAUUACGCUUGUUGUUGUGGUCAACUGGAAAAUAAGCGGAAUCUUCAGAAGAGCUUUCAUUACUCGUCGUCAACUGAUUCAAUGUUUCAAGAGAAAACGAAGCAGCGAACGCAGUAAGCAUUGGCUAAGUGGGAAGAAUGCUUCUUUCUUCGAAGAGAAUCACAUAACGUUGAAAAACAACCAACUGCCUUCAUUAGGCCACUGCACUAGUAGCAGUAAUUUCUUCAACCGAUCCCUCCAGACGAAUCUUGAAAGUGACAUGUAUUGUGCAGUCGACCUUCCCGACGAGCCUUUAAUUCACUAA